GCAUUUCCGGCUCCCUUCGUCACAGCGACGAUCACAUGACGCAGCGCUCGGGUUAGCUACACACACCUGUGAUGCUGGCUAACUAGCGCCGGACUCCGCGUUGUUCUUAUCAUAUAAGCUAGAAAAGUGAUACAUGUUAGACUUUUUUAUACCAAUAAAACUGCUACAAGAAGUCAAAGGUUGGAAUUGCGCUUUUUUUAAAGCUUUGUUUUCGCCAAGGACCUCCGAGCGAAGCUGUGCGCGUUAGCUAGCUAGCGCUGCCAAGUUAGUUGCCUUCCAAGCUGCGAGAAAGGAAAACAAGCAUCGUCAUGAAUGUUGACGGCGUUAAUCAGUCCGUCACCACCAGAGCUUCUUCUAAUGUCACCACGUCUUCGACUGCGAGUAAUUGUAUCACAAAUGACAACGCAACAACUAACGUCCCUUCAAACACCAGCAAUGCUUCAACCUCCGCCGCCUUGGUGACGUCAUCAUCAGACUCCUCUGUCUCCAAUGGAGUUUAUGUUCCUGGAGGCAUCACAAAUGGAGACAUAAAGCCCAACGUUUCCACAACCCCACUGGCUGACUUUGUCAUGCAGCUGGAAGAGUACACACCUACGAUUCCUGAUGCAGUGACGGGUUACUACCUGAACCGGGCUGGUUUCGAAGCUUCUGAUCCAAGAAUAAUCCGUCUGAUCUCCCUUGCCUCUCAGAAGUUCAUCUCAGACAUUGCCAACGACGCACUGCAGUACUGUAAAAUGAAAGGAACUGCGUCGGGAAGCUCAAGGAGCAAGACAAAGGAUAAGAAGUACACUCUGACCAUGGAAGAUCUGGGUCCUGCUCUUUCAGAAUACGGCAUCAAUGUCAAGAAGCCGUAUUACUUCACAUAGAACUGCAGUGUCUUGCUUUAUCUUUAUUACAUUUGACAUCACAGUGAUUUGAUGCAGCUUUGACUUUUUUGUUGGUGGUGGCACCUUUUGAGUUUUGUUUAUUUGUAAAUGUACAUUUUAUUGUUAAAAUAAAACCCUUAAAAUAA